AUGGGCGAAAACGCAGCAAAAAGAUUGAAAACCUCGGAUUGUGGUAGCGGUGUCAAAAUCGGCACCCACAACGGCCAUUUCCAUGCUGAUGAGGCCCUCGCUGUUUAUAUGCUACGGCUACUUCCUACCUAUGCCGACUCCUCCCUCGUCCGUACGCGCGACCCAGCUCUACUAGAAACAUGCCACACCGUCGUCGAUGUAGGCGGUGAAUAUGACGCCUCGCGCAACCGUUACGACCACCAUCAGCGUACAUUCACCACGACUUUCCCCGGCCGACCAACUAAACUAUCCAGCGCGGGGUUGGUGUACAUGCACUUCGGCAAGUCCAUAAUCGCCCAGCACCUAAGCCAGUCCGAGGAUAGCGACGAGGUCGGUGUUUUAUGGAACAAGCUCUACGAGUCCUUUAUCGAGGCUCUCGAUGCCCACGACAACGGCAUCUCUUCGUACGACUCGAAGAAGCUAGAGGAGGCUGGCAUCGAGAAAGCCUUUAGCACUGGCGGUUUCACGCUCGGUGCUAUGGUCGGUCGCCUAAACCCCAACUGGAACGACCCCACGCCCUCGGACCCGACUGAGGCUCAGGCUGCCGAGGACGAGAAAUUCCUUACGGCGAGCACGCGUAUCGGCGAGGAGUUCUCACGGGAUCUCGAUUACUAUGCACGAGCAUGGCUGCCCGCGCGCGCCAUCGUUCAGGAUGCUUACAAGAAGAGACUACAAUUCGACCCUGAGGGCCGCGUCAUGGUGCUCGAGGGCCAGGCCGUGCCCUGGAAGGACCACCUAUAUACCCUAGAAGAAGAAGAGGGAGAGUCGGCUAAGAAAGUUCUCUACGUGCUGUACCCGGAGAAACCUGUCCCCGACGCCAAGUGGCGGAUACAAGCCGUACCUGUGACCAAGGACUCGUUCCAGAGCCGAAAGGCGCUGCCCGAGCCAUGGCGGGGCGCGCGCGAUGAGCAGUUGGACGAGGUGUCUGGGGUUCCGGGCGGUGUGUUUAUACACGCGUCGGGAUUCAUUGGAGGAAACAAGACCUUCGAGGGUGCUAAGGCGUUGGCAGAGAAGGCAUGUGCAUUUUGA